UAAGAUUGGAAACAAGUCGGCAAAUCAGGAACCAGCUUGUGGCAUAAGCAGAACACACGUUGACAAGACAGGGACAAUGUUGCAUCUUCUCGUAGCAGGUCUGGUGGCGACUGUCGUUAUAGUCGAGUCAGACGAUGUGUGUCCGACUGAACCCCCUCGCAUGAUGUAUGCGUGUCUGCCCGUGCCCAAGUGCUCCGGGGACGCGUCCUGUGGGGUAGGGCAGGGGUGUUGUCCUCACACGUGCGGCGCCCGAUGUGCUACGUUAGUCCACUGCGAUCCGGUCGACUGCGGUGCAGUCACGUGUUCUUACGGCUUCCAGAAAGACAGUCGGGGUUGCAAGACGUGCACCUGCAGAACAUCCAAACCUUGCACUGGUGCGCAGUGUCUACUGACUGGAACUAUUGGAUAGAGGCAUCACUGGCGCGCACACGACCAUCGAGACUCUCUGUCCACUCUAUGAAUGUAGACAUUCCAUGGUGUUAACUUGAAAUAACUCGAUAACUAUGUACUGUUGUUUCCAAUUAUAGAAUACCAAUCAGUAA